GACGUCGGGCGCCUCUGGACGUCAACGAGCACCUGUACGGCUUGCCGACGGUCCAGAAUGGGCUCAGCGCAGCGGAGAGGGACGUAUCAGGCCGCGUGGCGUCCACCGAGCCAUUCACCGAGUCUUAUCAUCGACUUUUAAAGCAGGAGGCAAUUUGUUGUGAGGGUCUAUAGACUUUCGGUCUCAGCUUCUUGUUCCUUCCCGCGACGCCCUCUGCUGUCGCUCCCCUCAGCGUCGAGCAUGGUCAGCUACUCUGUUUCCGGACUCCGGCGGCUUGCACUCGUCAAGCCGCGCGCCACCGUGAUCGCGCGCGGGCUCGCGAGCCUGAAGCAGCCCUCCUCCCUUUUCGCGCCUCUGGAUACCUUUACGGAGCGCCAUGUCGGCCCGGAUGACAGCGAGACGUCCGCGAUGCUCUCGAAGCUGGGGUACAAGUCGAUGGAGGAAUUCUUGGGGGAUGCCGUCCCCUCCAAGAUUCGCAUUGCAUCUACGACCGUAGACGACUCCUCAAUCCCCGCAUUCAGCGAGUCAGAGCUUCUGAAGAGGGCACGGGAGCUUGCGCAGAAGAACAAGCCCAUGAAGAGCUACAUUGGCAUGGGCUACCACAACGCAGCUGUUCCCCCUGUUAUCCUCCGCAAUGUGCUCGAAAAUCCCCAGUGGUACAUGCCGUACACUCCCUACCAGCCGGAAAUUGCGCAGGGACGGCUCGAGUCCCUCGUCAACUUCCAGACCAUGGUCAUGUCUCUCACAGGCAUGGACAUCGCAAAUGCAUCCCUACUGGAUGAGGCGACUGCAGCCGCAGAAGCUAUGGUUAUGGCAUACACCCAGUCAGGCCAGAAGAAGUCCACCUUCCUCGUUGACUCCGGCGUCUCUCCGCAGACUUUGUCGGUACUCCGAGUUCGCGCCAAGGGCUUUGGCAUGCAGGUCGUGGUCGGUGACAUCGAUGAGCUCGUCGCGGACGAGGCUCUGCGUCCUUCCGCCUGUGGUGUUUUGGUUCAGUACCCAGACGUCAACGGCGCCGUCAAGGACUUCGAGGGUUUGACGAAGACCGUGCAUGGCUUCGGUGGUCUCGUCGUGGCUGCUACCGACCUCUUGGCCCUGACGAUGCUCAAGCCGCCUGGCGAAUGGGGCGCUGAUAUCGCGCUGGGUAACUCGGCACGAUUCGGUGUUCCGCCUGGAUACGGUGGACCUCAUGCCGCGUUCUUUGCGGUGACGGACAAACUGAAGCGCAAAAUGCCUGGUCGUCUUAUUGGCCGUAGUCGCGAUGCUACUGGAGCGCCGGCCUACCGAUUGGCUUUGCAGACGCGCGAGCAGCACAUCCGUCGCGAGAAGGCGACUAGCAACAUUUGCACCAGCCAGGCCCUACUCGCUAACAUGGCCGCCAUGUACGCUGUAUACCACGGCCCAGCCGGCCUGAAGCGCAUCGCGAACAAGGUCCACGGCUUCGCGCAAGUGUUCAGGGCGGCGGUUGAGUCGUACGGCUACACCUGCGUCAACGACUCGUUCUUCGACACAGUUACGAUCAAGGUUGAUAAGGCGGGCGAUAUCCUCGCGUCGGCUGAGGAGGCGGGCAUCAACCUUCGCCCUGUGGACGCCACGCACGUCGGCGUUACCUUCGACGAGACGGUCAGCCCGGAGGACCUUGUCAAGCUCCUGAACCUGUUCGCCCAGUCGCCCGUGCAGCUAUCGUCCCUCCAGACUCCCACCAGCCCCGCCAUCCCCGACCCCCUCCGCCGCACCUCCGACUUCCUCGAGCACCCCGUCUUCAACAAGCACCACUCCGAGACCGAGAUGCUCCGCUACAUCACCCACCUCGCCUCCAAGGACCUCGGCCUCGCGCACAGCAUGAUCUCGCUCGGCAGCUGCACCAUGAAGCUCAACUCGACGAGCAGCAUGAUCCCGCUGACGUGGCCCGAGUUCGGGAGCGUGCACCCGUUUGCGCCGUUCAGGCAGGUGGAGGGGUAUCUGACGGUGAUCAAGGAGCUGGAGGAGGAUUUGUGCAAGAUUACGGGCUUUGCGGCAGCGUCGUUGCAGCCGAACAGUGGUGCGGCGGGCGAGUAUGCGGGUCUGUCGGUUAUCCGGGCUUACCACGAGUCGCGCGGGGAGGGGCACCGUAACAUCUGCCUUAUUCCUCUGAGUGCGCACGGCACGAACCCUGCUUCCGCCGUUAUGGCUGGCCUGAAGGUCGUCCCGGUCAAGGCUCUCAACGAUGGCAGCCUCGACCUGGAGGACCUGAAGGAGAAGGCGGAGAAGCACAAGGACAACCUUGCCGCUUUCAUGAUCACCUACCCCUCCACCUUCGGUGUCUUCGAGGCCGGUGUUCAGGAUGCCUGCAAAAUCAUCCACGACAACGGCGGUCAGGUGUACCUGGAUGGUGCUAACCUGAACGCUCAAGUUGGUCUCACCAACCCGGCGACCUGCGGUGGUGACGUUUGCCACCUGAACCUCCACAAGACCUUUGCCAUUCCCCACGGCGGUGGUGGUCCUGGUGUCGGCCCCAUCUGCGUUGCUGAGCACCUUGCUCCCUUCCUGCCCACCCACCACGUUCUCGACAACCCUGGCAAGCAUAUCGACGCCGUCGCGGCUGCGCCCUUUGGCAGCGCCUCGAUUUUGUUGAUCUCCUGGGCCUACAUCAAGAUGCUCGGCGGCAAGGGCCUCGCCAAGUCCUCCCAGAUGGCCCUGCUUAACGCCAACUACAUGGCCGCGCGCCUCGCCGGGCACUACAACCUGCGCUACAAGAACCACAAGGGCCGCGUCGCGCACGAGCUGCUCAUCGACCUCGCGGACUUCGACAAGAGCGCGGGCCUCAAGGUCAUGGACUUCGCGAAGCGGCUGCAGGACUACGGCUUCCACCCGCCGACGUGCUCGUGGCCGAUCUCGACGUGCAUGCUCAUCGAGCCGACGGAGAGCGAGAGUCUGGAGGAGAUCGAUCGGUUCUGCGAUGCGAUGAUUGAGAUCAGGAAGGAGGCGGAGGAGGUGGUGAAGGGGGAGCAGCCGCGGGAGAACAAUGUCCUGAAGAACGCGCCGCACCCGAUGUCGGUGCUGGCGGUGUCGGACGCGGACUGGAACCGGCCGUACUCGAGGGAGAAGGCGGCGUACCCGUUGCCGUACCUUAAGGAGAAGAAGUUCUGGCCGACGGUGUCGCGCGUCGACGACGCGUACGGUGACAUCAACCUUGUUUGUGACUGUCCCUCUGUAGAAGAGCUGGCCUCAUAAGCGCUUGCUUGCGUGAUAGAUGGGUAGAUGGAUUGCAUGGGUUCUGUACUUGGACUUUCAACACAUUUUGUAGACAGCGCACGUUCAACCAGCGCCACAGGCAUGUAUAUCAUUACAGUGUAAUUAUUACUUUUCGAGCAUUGCUUUCUACACUACGAU